CGCGAGAGGCAGAAGGCAGAAUACACGCGAGAGAGAAUUCUGAUAGGCGACUUCCGGCGAUUCCUUGGCGAUUUCUUAGCGAAUCCGACGAUUUCCUCUCUUUUUCCGAUUAGAUGGAGACUUCAAGUUCUAGUGAGCAAUUAUUAUAUGGACCCGAAGACCCGUCCUUGCUAAAUUUACAGAAACAUCACAUUUCACAUAAACUCAUGAAAGAGGGCACAACCCAAGUAUUUAAAGUCCGAAGGACAGAAAGCAAGACUUGGGACGUCGAAAUUCACGAGAAUGUUAGAUAUUGGCUUGACGUCUUUGGUUUCAAAGGCGUGAUCGAUUGUGGGAAGCCCAUGAAGGUGGACAACGAGCUGAUCACGGCGUUGAUUGAGCGUUGGAGACCGGAGACGCACACUUUCCAUCUACCGAUCGGUGAGGCGACGAUCACCUUGGAAGAUGUGCAAGCCAUUUGGGGCUUGAGGGCGGAUGGUCGCGUUUUCACAGGGCGUGACUAUCAUGACAACUUUUCAGACUGGACCAGCAAGUGCCGCGAUCUGUUGGGAUGGAUACCAGAUACUUCCACAGAGACAAAGCAAGGCGGUUUGCUGAUGACCGCACUGAUCAACCAGACAAGGAUGCCUCUGGGUGAUGACCUACCUAUGUACGUAUACAUCCAAAGGGCACGUAUCCAUGCCCUAAUUUUAUUAGGAGGUCUCAUUCUACCGGACACCACGGGGUGUAAGGUGCCAUUUAUGUGGUUGAAUGGGCUUGGGGAUCCAGAAGAGGUGAAGAAUAUUAGUUGGGGAAGUGCGGCAUUGGCCUACCUUUAUCAUUAUCUGUGCGAGGCUUCCAUGGAUAAGAGAAAAGAGUUGGGCGGGCCUAUGAUGCUUCUGCAGCUAUGGGCGUGGGAAAGAAUGCCCACAUUGAGGCCUGCGUUCAUUGGACCAGUUGUACACGAGCCAUAUACACCAUGUGGCGCCAGGUAUAUAUCUAAAUAUUUAUUUAUUAAUUUAUAUUGGAUUAUUUGCUUACAUCAAAUAUAUGUACAGGUGGAAAGGAACAACGCAGAUAGGAAAUGCUCCUAGACAUUCGGUUGAGCAUUAUCGUGACCAAAUAUCUCUGAUUAGACCUGGCCAGUUUAUCUGGACGCCAUACGCACAUUGCAUACUGCCUGACUACUGCAAUGAUGUGACUGGAUGCUCUCUGUGCGAGACCUACUUGGUAUGUUGGGCCUAUGUCGAGGCCCAUGAGCCUGGACGAGUGCGACGACAGUUCAAUCGGUACCAGGAUAUACCGCAGAAUGUAGACAGGAUGCUAAGGAACGCCGAUCAUUUAGGCAAAAAUGAUCGGCGUGGUAAGAAGGGCAACAACUGGGCAACCACGCAUCAGUUCUACAUUGGGGAGUGGGAC